UCAGUUCUCACCACCUCGUUUUCUUUCAAAUCUCUUUAAUAACGGCAAUAUUUCAACUGCACAAAAUCAAAACACGAACACGAAGAAUCAACCGCUUCCGAUUAACUUUUUGAUUCUUGUUUCAAUUCAGAUCCUCUUCAAUUUCACAUCUCUCAUAUUGAACAUCAAAACAGUACGAAUCCGUUUGAUACAUACAACUGUCAUUCAUACAGAAAUUUUCACUUCACUCGAAGAAUCUUGAGUAAAAUUCUGAACGAUCAUCUUCCAGAAGUUCUGCAAUGCACCGUUUGGGUAUUGCACGCAGUGCCUCUAAUUCAGUCCGCCCUUCAAAGGAAAAGAGAUUUACUUAUGUAUUGAAUGAUGGCGAUGACACAAAGCAUUGUGCAGGUGUGAACUGUUUGGCUGUAUUAAAGUCAUCAAAACCAGAUCGUUCAAGUUACCUCUUCACGGGGAGCCGUGAUGGCACGUUAAAGAGAUGGGAAUUGAAUGAGGAGGAUGCCACCUGUUCAGCAACCUUUGAAUCUCAUGUUGACUGGGUCAAUGAUGCAGUCCUCGUAGGAGAGAAUACCCUUGUAUCCUGUUCUUCAGAUACUACUGUCAAGACAUGGGAUUGCCUUUCUAGCGGAAUUUGCACUAGAACUUUCCGUCAACACACAGAUUAUGUCACGUGUCUUGCUGCAGCAGAAAAAAACUGCAAUAUUGUUGCCUCUGGUGGGCUAGGUGCUGAGGUUUUCAUUUGGGACAUUGAAGCUGCAUUUACGCCCCUAAGCAAAUCCGGUGAGGCAGCAGACGAGGAUCAUCCAAUUGACACCAAUGGAUCAAGUAACGGUAUUUCGUCACAAACAAAUUUGCCGCAAGGAUAUGUUCCUAUUUCUGCUAAAGGACGUAAAGAAUCUGUGCAUGCGUUAGCAAUGAAUGAUACCGGAAAUCUUCUGGUUUCUGGCGGAACAGAAAAGGCUGUACGUGUUUGGGACUCAAGAACUGGUUCAAAGAUGAUGAAGCUAAGAGGACAUACAGAUAAUAUUAGGGCUUUGCUUCUUGAUUCAACGGGGAGGUUCUGUUUAUCAGGAUCCUCUGAUUCUAUGAUCAGAUUGUGGGAUCUUCGGCAGCAGCGAUGCGUGCACUCAUAUGCUGUUCAUACAGAUUCUGUUUGGGCUCUUGCUAGCACUCCAAAUUUCAGUCAUGUUUAUAGUGGUGGAAGAGAUCUUUCAUUGUACUUAACAGACCUUCAAACAAGGGAGAGUAUAUUACUCUGCACAAACGAAUACCCUAUUCAGCAACUAGCGAUGCAUGAUGAUGGUAUCUGGGUUGCAACCACUGAUUCUUCGGUUCAUAGAUGGGCUGCUGAAGGUCAAAAUCCAAAAAAGCUGUUUCAAAGUGGCGGUUCUUUCCUAGCCGGCAAUUUGUCGUUUUCAAGAGCAAGGGCUUCCUUUGUAGGAUCUACUCUUGUUCCUCUGUAUCGAGAACCAACAUUCAGUAUCAACGGAAUUCCAGGGAUAGUGCAGUAUGAAAUUUUGAACAACAAACGCCAUGUUCUAACUAAGGAUAACGCUGGUUUUGUUAAGCUUUGGGAGAUCACUAAAGGUGUUGUGACAGAGGACUACGGACAGGUUUCAUUUGAAAAGAAGAAGGAAGAACUGUUUGAGAUGGUCAGCAUUCCCACUUGGUUCAGUGUAGAUAGUAGGCUUGGAAACUUGUCGGUGCAUUUGGAUACCCCGCAAUGCUUUUCUGCAGAGGUGUAUUCUGCUGAUCUUAACAUUCCUGAGAAAGCAGAAGAUGACAAGGUCAAUUUAGCACAAGAAACGCUCAAAGGACUAUUUGCUCAUUGGCUCUCGAAGAAAAAACAUAAAUCCGGAUCCCAAGACGGUGCACACGAAAACGAGAGUACAGUUCAUCCUCCAUUUGAGUUCUCAACUACUUCCCCUCCUUCAAUUAUCACCGAGGGGUCCCACAAUGGCCUAUGGAGGAAGAAAAUCACCGAAAUGGACGGUACCGAAGAUGAACAAGACUUGCCUUGGUGGGUCUUAUAUUGCAUUUUGCAUAACCGAUGUCCGCCACGCCAACAGACCAUUUUUAGCUUUUAUUUGCAGCCUUAUGAAGGUCUCACUAUCCAGACCAUGAGACAAGGGAAGCUGAAUGCACCUAGUUAUUUAAGAAUACGCAGUGUUUCUAAUUAUGCUGCGGACAAGUUGGUUACGGAGAAACAGUUGGAUAGCUGUGGUGAUCUUAUGCCUUCUGUAGAAAUCUUAUGCAAUAAUCAAGUCUUGAAAUCUGACAUGACCGUAGCUACCGUGCGUGCUUAUAUAUGGAAAAGGCAUGAGGAUCUUGUUCUUCACUACAGGAUCAUGCCUGAAACAUGAAUUCUUCAUGUGGUAAUAUCUUUAGCUAUUGAUUAAACACGACGAGAGCUAUCGAGUUUAAGGAAAUGGUACAAGGAUUUGUGGAUCUCGUUAAGAACUUAGUAUUUUUUGUACAUUAUUUAAGAAAGAAAGCUUUACUGUGAUAAAAAAUAUA